CAUUUAUGAUGGAUAGAUGCAUUUUUUGGAGCAAAAACUCUGGCUCUAUUCAGUGCCAUUACAAAGCUGGGAAGAGCCAGGAUAUUAUUUUAUAUAACUGUGAUUGCGUUCGGCUGAAAGAAGGUCAUAUACACCAUAUACACCAUAUAUGUCUUAAGGUUGAGUAAAUUAUAGGUUUAUUUUCAUUUUUGGUUGAGUUAUUCCUUUAAGUGCUAGAAAAAACGUUUUAUUUUGCUCAGAUCCUACACAAGAACUACAGUUUAUGAUCAUAUUCUCUCUUUCAGUUGCGCCCAAAAUCUCCAGCUCUUGUAAGCUAAGCAGCGUAAUCACAUGUGUCUGUGAGGCUCAUGGGAAUCCCUCGCCUACACUAGAGUGGCGUCUAUCUGGAAAUGUUCUCGCUAACUCUACAAACACGUCCAUCAGCAGCGAAACUCCAGGAAACACAACCUUGAAGAGUGUCCUAAUCAUCCAUCAGCCCCUCACAGAAACGGCUGUCCUGCAGUGUUUCAGUAAAAACACUCACGGCACCGCCAGUGCCAGCCAAAAGUUUCAUCCCGUCACACCAACAGCAAAGACAAAGACAGAGACAGGUUUCCAUCAUCCAUCUAUGCUGCUCGGAGCUGCUGUCGGCGCGUUAGCAAUGAUGCUCUUGUGCAUCAUGAAGAUCUGCUAUGAACGAAGAAAGAAUCCCAAAGCUUCAGGAACCAGACAAGAUGACAGAUCUGGAUUCAUUCUGACUCAAACAGCCACUGCUUCUGAUGGUGACGACGAGUGUGUUUACGCCGUUACACAUAAACCACCAGAAUCUCCUCAUUAUUCCUCCAUCGACUUCACGAACGCAGAGCCGGCGUCAGGAGAGAUCAGGGGCGUCUCCUCAAUGACUGAUGAAUAUUCUUUGGUCCGUCAUUGUUCUGCAAAAGACGCAGCAUCUGUGACGGACCCCAAGAAAGACCAAAGCCCACCAGAUAGUGGGGCGAAGAUCACUGAUGUGACAUCAGAAGACUCAAUUUAUGAAAACAUGACCCGUCGCUUGGUCGUUUAAAGACAGGAACAGUUGCAUUGCGUUGCAUUGCGUCCAAAAUCAAAUACUUCCCUGCUAUAUACUGCUGUAUGACAAUACAGCAGUAUGUCAGAAAAUACAAAGUAUUAGAAAAAACAAGUACACGGAUGACCUACUGCUUCUGAAGUAAACAUUCGAUGAACACUUUACCAUCCCAUGAGACCACGGGAGAGGCAGUGAAGCAACGCAACUGAGGCUGUAGGUCACAUAACAGUGACAACAAGUCACAUGAUAGUACCUACUCAGACAGUAUGCGAUUUCGGACGCACCGUUGGUCAGUGCAGGUGUUGUUGAACAGUAAAGGCCUGUUCACAUUAACACUGUUUCUACACCGGACGUGACCGUUGUCGCUCGCAUCGCAACAGCUAAAUGUCGUCUACACUGGAUGCGGCUAAGCGCCCAUUGCAAAGCAUUUGUUCUUCGUGUCAGUAUGUCAUAAAUAGAACGAGGCAUCAGUUUACUGUCGGAGAUAUGUCGCUUGCGUCUUGCCGUAUCUAGUGUAGACAAUAUCGCUGAUUAUAAUGGGUUCUAUUGUCUUUUGUCACAUCGCGCCGCUUGCGUCUUUUGUAGACACGGUGUAAGGAUGAUAACUAUAACGAUAACCAUAAAGAUACAAAAGAUAAAAAAUAAACCUCCUAAAUUGUAAAGCAAUAGCAGAGUCCACGCCACAACUAUAAUGUUGUAAAUGCCCUUUUUUGAGUGCAUGUCUCUUUAAAUGCAAAUGAGCUGCUGCUCCCCACCCCACUUUCCAGAAGAGGGCGGAGCCCGUACAACUCAGAUGCUCUUCCAAAAAUUAAACAAAACAUCAAUUUGAUUUUAUCAUCAUCUUUAUCAAGGCCACACUCACGUGACAAUGCAGUUCUUCGUCAUCAUGAGAAUUAUUAUUUGCAUGCGUUUUAAAGCCAUAACAGUUUAAACUUCUGAUAUUUGUUUUUUCUGAGCUCAUCCCAAGCAUGGGCACAGAAAGCUGGCCGUCAGACGGUGCGUCACGUGAGUAUUAAACUCAUUUCUCUUUCACGUCUUAUUGCACUUAAACUGUCAAAUACACACAAGGUUAUGUCAAAAACACACAAACACAGUCUGUGAACGUAAACAGCAGGAAAGAAAUCACAUGUGUGUAUUAUAUCUGUGUAUUAAAGUGGAAGCAGCGGAAUAUACAGUACUUAAUGCUGUAUAUGCUGUUAAUAUGAAUCAAAAGAAAAACAGAAAAUCACUCACCGCUCUUGAUUAAAUAACUUUAGCAGCUUUAAUAAGAAUACAUUUCUUACUCGAAUGCUGCUGUUAAAUGAUCUGGCGAGGAGAUAAACAUGGCGGACUGUACAGCUCACUCAGGGGAGGAGCUAAGCUAAUAAAACAGAUUCCCUCACCAGUCAUGGGAGGGGCUUACAUAAGAGUAGGGGGAAAUUUGAAACCACUCAUUUAGAGAGUCUGUUUAUAAUUUAUGGGGAUUAUAUUAUAAAGAGCUCAAACAUUUGAAGUGGUAGACGACAAAACUGCAGAGUGCACAUAAAAUAAACAGAACAAUAUCAUUCGAUGGUGUGGAUGCUAAUAUUGUUAUAGUUAUCGUUCUUGGUGUGAACGAGCCUUAAAGGAACACUCCACUUUUUUUGAAAAUA